GCUGGUCCUCUUCAGUAACUACAAGCUCCAUUUAGGCAUCAUCAAAACGCGCAGUAGUGACGGCGGCAGGCGGUGACGGUGUAAAGCGCGAGUUGCAGCGCGGCGGUUCAGGUUGGGAGCAGUGAGGUCUCGCCGCGUUACGCUCGUUUUUCUCGGUGUGUUGAGGGCAGUAAUAGUUCAGUUAUGUCCACAAGCGACUUCUAUUUACGGUAUUAUGUCGGACACAAAGGGAAGUUCGGACACGAGUUCCUGGAGUUUGAGUUCAGACCGGACGGAAAGCUUAGAUACGCCAACAACAGCAACUAUAAAAAUGACGUCAUGAUCAGAAAGGAGGCUUAUGUUCACAAAAGUGUAAUGGAGGAGCUGAAAAGAAUCAUUGACGACAGUGAAAUCACCAAGGAAGAUGAUGCUUUGUGGCCCCCACCUGAUAGAGUCGGAAGACAGGAGCUGGAAAUUGUCAUUGGCGAUGAACACAUCUCAUUCACAACUUCCAAAAUUGGAUCGUUAAUUGAUGUCAACCAGUCCAAGGACCCAGAAGGCCUCAGAGUGUUCUACUACCUGGUACAAGAUCUCAAGUGUCUUGUCUUCAGUCUCAUUGGCCUGCACUUCAAGAUCAAGCCCAUCUAAGUUCAGACUGUUUUUACUGUGUGACAAUUAUUUUAGUUUCUUUUUGGUUCUUUCUCAGCAUUUGUAAAUUUCUGGUUUAUCUGCUGUUUUCUUCCUUUUUUUAAAUAAAUGUUUGAUUCAGUCA